AUGGCAGCUCCAACAGAGUCAACCAUAACGUGUGGGACGGUGACAAGCACAUUGGCACAGUGCGUAAGCUACUUGACCAACAGUGGUCCAUUGUCAUCGAACUGCUGCGCGGGAGUCAAAUCACUGAACCAAAUGGCUCAGUCCACACCGGACCGCCGACAAGUAUGUGAGUGCCUUAAAUCAGGGGCUAAGGAGAUCACUGGCCUCAAUAUCGGCCUUGUGGCCACACUCCCUACCACUUGUGGCGUUUCAGUUCCCUACCCCAUUAGUUUCAACACCGAUUGUGACAAUAUAUCGGCUGGCGUGUAA